UUUGGUUUUUCUCCUUUCACAUCUGUGUGUGUGUGUAUCCAAGAGAAAAACUUUUUUUUGCAACAAAUAAAUCAAGAUGCCCAAUUAUGUACAACGAAAAAUGAGAGAAUUAAAUUGUAUGGGUCGUAAUCAUCAACGUCGACAUUAUGGUUCAAUCGAAACAAUCGAUAGUGAUGUUUAUAAUAAUGAUGAUGAUGAUGAUCAGCAACAAGUUAAAAGACCUGAUGGAAAACGUAUCGGUCUUUUUCGGUCAUUUUCAUUUAUAAAUAAGAAGAAAAAAUCACAAUCCCAACAACAACAGAAUCUAAAUGAAUCAACAACAACAGAAUUUAAUAAGAAAACGGAAAAAACACGUUUAAUUCUGGUUGGAAAAAAGAAGAAAACAGUCAACUCAAAAAAUUAUUCAACAUUGAUCGAAUCGGAUGAUGAUAAUAAUGAUGAUGAUGAUACAUUUGAAUCAAUAAUGAAAAAUAAUUCGAAAAAAUCGGUACGUUUCGCCAAUAAUGACAAUAAUAAUGAUGAUGAAAAUGGUUUGAAUCGAAAAACGUGGACAAAGAAGAAUAAAAAUCGUAAGAACAAGAAAAAGAAAUCAUUAUUGAAACGUACUGGAUCAUUAAUUGUACGUAGUUGCCGUUUGAUGACAUACGGUGCACCACAUAUGCCAUAUAACAUGCCAUAUAAUGAUUGUAAUGGUCCAUAUCAUUAUGAUUUUUAUCGUAAUUAUGAAUAUUAUGAUGAUGGAUAUGGCCGUUAUGAUAAUAAUCAAUAUAUGCGCUAUGGAGAAUAUGGUCCGGGUAGCAUUUAUUUCUAAAUCUGAUCAACCAAUAACGACAAAUAAUCCAUCAAUAUCUACUUUUGUAUACAAGUCCUUUUUUUAGUUCUUUUACGAUUCCAAUUUGCUAUUUUUUGACGAUGUGACAAUAUAAUAUUUUUAAAUAUUU